AUGCGGAGCCCUUCAGAGUACGGGGAUAUGAGUCCCCUAACACGCUCGCGGAGUGUGAGUAUCUCUAGCGAUGCUCCUGCAAAACCUAUGCUGUCAUCCCCACCGCCUGUCGAUCCUAGCCCAGCGUUCAUUGCUGCCUCGUCUGCCUCCCAGAUCAUCAGCGUCGAUAUGGAACAAAACGAAGUCAUCCCCCAUGACGGAGAAGAAGGAUGCAUCAAUUCCAACAGUCUUGUUCUUUUGAACGGCUUCCUCGACUAUUUGCUUUUCAGUUUUUUGGCAUCGGCCAAAUCAACACAAUUGAGCGCCCUCCGUCCCGCCAUCGCCGACGUACUGAAGCCACGAUUGGCGAAGGAGGUGGUAGCCGCUGCCGAUGAAGAGCUUGGUGAAUAUAUGGGCGAUGGCGAAGAAGAUGAACUGCAAGAAUUCCGAGGCGGCCGCGCUCCACACGGCGAAUUCGAUCUAGUCAGAGCAUGGAAACUGGCUCGUCUGAGAUGCAUGGUCUACACUAGACUCGGUGACCUAGAAGAAGAGGAGGAAGAUGAAUAUAUCGCUAGAGAAGGCUUGGAUGAGACCGGCGGCGCACCAAGACGGUUCUCUGGUCAUGCCGGAAAUAUCACACCAGCUGCUGCGAUUUUCCUGACUUCAAUUAUCGAGUAUCUCGGAGAGCAUGCGCUAGUCAUUGCGGGUGAAAAUGCUCGCAACAGGGUGUUUUCAGCGGCAAGACUCGCUUCUAAAUUGCCAAAUGCCGAAAGAACCAGCCAGAAGAUGAUUGUCGAGGAGGGCGACAUGGAAAAAUUAGCUCUAAACACCACACUGGGUCGGCUGUGGAGAACUUGGAAAAAAGGAAUCCGCACGCCAACGCUGUCUAGAUCUUUCUCCAGAGAGUCGUUCAUCAGACGAAGCACUACUCCGAGCAGCAAAAAUGGCCUUGCUAAUCCGGAUGAUAUGUAUGGUCGAGAUCCGAGACUGGAGGAGCCCCUGGAAGAGGAAGAGAGCCGACCAAAAUCGGUCGAACCUGCAAGUAUUGCAUUGCCCAUCAACGACAAUGAUAUCGAUGAAAUCGAGGUACCUGGACUGUGGGUAGAUGUAGAAGAAGCUGAAACAAUGCAAGCUGCCAUUGCUCAAAUAGUGCGCCCGCGCAGUCUGAUUGUCUCUCGUUCCGGAUCAUUCACUCCCACGUCCCCAGUUGGGGCUGGGACGUGGCCGGCUACCAAUUCACCGAAGCAUGUUCGAUCACAGUCUGUUCCUGUUCAAGUUGAACUUUUCAAACAGGGCGACCGUUCGCCGUCGCGUGAAUUGCCAUCGUUAGAAACAGUGACCGAACAGGAGCCGACUGAGGCAGUUGUGGCCACGGAGCCUCCAUCCAGGGAUGCAAAGAACGUAACUUCGACUUCGGAUCUAAAAGAAAAUUCGAAAGAAUCUUCACCAGACAAGUCGGAACCCCUUGCUACCGUCCAGCAAACGGAUAGCAGUGAAGAUACGACCCAAUCCGAGCAGGAUCGUCGUGGUUCCGGAGAUGAGAUUGUUGAAGGGCAAGGAACUUAUCAGAGACCCAAACUCAACAAUCUUUCCAUGCAGAGACCAAAAAGAAAACAAUCCAAAGAGACAGCGAAAAAAGAAAUUCCCGGUACUUAUAUGGUUGAGAGCGUCUCCGCAGACUAUCGUGACGAUCGUCGGCCAUCGCCAGCCACGGUGCAAGGGGGUGAAGUGGUUCAUGACGUUAGAUUUGCUCCGACGCAGCAAAAUUCUACCCAUGUGGAUGAUGUGUCUCAUGCACAGGUGAAGACACCAACCAGCUCACAUGCAAUAGCGCCUACCUCUCAUCCACGUCAACUCGAAACGGAUAUACGGACAUCACUCGAAGAGAAUAUUAAUAUUCCACGCAACUCGUCAACCACCAGUCGAUACGCAUCUUCCUUGUACACAGAGAGCAUCGGAGCUCCUCAUUCAACUUCGGACGAUAGUGAGGGCAGCGUCUAUCGAUCGACACCUUCUCGCGCCGCUUCACACGCCGCCUCAAUCAGAAGUCAACCUCGUCAGGACGAGCAAUCUACUGGUCGUGAGCGGGUUACAGUCCAGCGUGUACAUCCACCAUCUGCUACAUCGCAGUCUUCCAUUAAAUCCCGUCGAUCUACCAGCAUCAGCGAGAAGCGACCUCUUACAUCGGGUUCAGGAGCAUCGAAUGUGUCCAACAAGUUAAAGGUUCUCAUCGGUCGUCAUCCUGGAGAAACCGACGUGCCCUUGCCCGCUCCCCCUCGCAGGUCUUCAGAUGCCAGCAGAUUUGCUGCAAGUGAGGACGUCGACGAGGCUGCUCUAGACGAGCUUAUCAAAAGCGACGAGACGAUACGAUUCACAUUGACCCCUCGCACUAUGCGAGAGAUUGAACUGCCCGGAUCGCCUCGUUGGAAUACCGCCCGUAACGACGUUCACAAGGAUCGUACUGAUACAUCUGACCUGGCCACUUUCUUCAGGACUACCGCUCCUCCUGGACAGCCAAUUCCCUCGCCGCGUUCGACAACCGAACGAGAACCUCCUGUACCUCGCAUGAAGCCCGCUCCUCCUUCAUUGGCAGAGACCACAAGAUCACAUUCGGCAAUCGACACCGUUUCUGAGAGAUCCAGCCCUACAAGUCUACAUUCGACAGCUAGUCCCGUCAGUCGAACCUCAAGUCGGACCAAAGUCGCUAUGCAGCAAGCUCGAGAAGCCCGAGUGGGGGGUGAUUCCGUCCGGGAUUUUGCACAAUUCAUUCGUGCCACUGGACCCAGAGUAGAUGUGGGACCUAAUGGCCAUGUUCGUGAUGGUUCAGGCUCGGUGUUCAGUUCCUCCAGACCUGGCACCGCUCAGUCCUUCUCCUCGCGGACAACAGCCAAGCCCAGAACUUCUAGCUCGCUCAAGAAGAAGGGACCACGGCUUCAAGCCCGUGAACCGGCCGGUCACAAUAGCAGCGAAACAUCGGACCUCAUUGAUUUUAUUAGAGAAGGCCCUCCGGGCGCAUCUACUCAUCGCAUACCGCGUACGGUCGCCCCCUUCAGGAAUACCAUGGAUUCAGAAGAUCUUAUAUUGAUUGAAGCAGCACGUGAAAACGACACUAGAGUCACACCGUCUCUUGCAAGUACAGGCGCCGAAUCGACUUCUAGUUCCCGGGCACCCCUUCUUUCACAGUCCGGUCCUUCCGAUGCACCGCCUAUCCCAAGACGAAAGCGCCGUGGUCCCCGAGACCCGUACGCUAUUGACGUUUCUGAUGAAGAAGAUGAGGAGGAAUUCUCGGAACCUGUUGUAGCUCCGAAGCCACCCCGAGCGGAAGAAAGUUUGCUUGACUUUUUGAACUCUGUUCCACCACCAGUCACCCAGAAGGCCCCCGAACCGUUCAUUCUUACUUCAUACCCAAUACCUCCUAAGUCUUCUGGGUCGGGCAUCUCCAGCGUUACGAAUCGGUUCAGACGCAAUACUGUUACCGAUAAGAGCCCCACGACCAAGAAGUCAAUGCCAUCAAUGCGAUCCGCCAAGACAGUGGCCAAGCCGCAAAUAAGCCCACCAAUCCCACAGUCAAAUGGAUUCUCAACAAAUAGAUCAGGCUACUCGGCCCAACUCAGUCGCGAGCGCGGGCUUGCCUCUCAACCUUCUAUGCCUUCUUUAAAUGGACCGUCGCGGCAAAGCGAGACUGCGGCCCUCGCAGAUUUCUUUAAAAACACCGCUCCACCUCAGCCUAUCUCCCGCCCUCCUACAGUCAUGUCGGAGGAGAGAAAGGACUCGACCUUUUCCAAGUUCUUCCGCCGCAAGAGGCUGGAGACUUAG